UGAAAUCAAUCUGACUGAAGAUUUAACAGCCUGACAGAAUUAGAAAGAAGAAAUUGUUGAAACCACAUUUUGAACAAAUGGUAGCACAAAAAAGUUCAGCUGGCUUAAAAAAACAGACAUUUCACAUUCAAACUUUGAUCAGAAAGUCUUUAUUGUUUAAAUAAGUUUUAUCAGAUUCAAAAAGUGAAAGCCGUCUUUAAAAAAGUUUAACUGUUUAUUUCCAUACAAAGUAAGGCCACCACCAUUUCACGUCAUCCAUCUGUUUACACAGUCUCCCCCUCCACGCCCUCAACCUAACAUUACUUGUGCAACAAAAAUAGUGAGCAAUAUCUUUGAAGUUUUGAGCCAGCUGACAGCUCAGACGAGUGAAACAAAGACGUAUGUAAUUAACAUCUAUGACUGCAGUUAACAAAAAACGGAUUUCCUAAAAAAAAAAAGCUUUAUUGGUCUUAUACCAGGCUAAACUUUAAACGGGAAAAAUACAUCUCAGUAAAAACCUUAGGGGCCUUUAAUGUGAAAAAAAUAUGUUAACUAUUUAUAUGAAUAUAUAUUUACAAAUACAAAAAUGCUUAAAGCAAAAAAACAAUUAUGCAUUUGGGUAAAUGUAUUUAUUGAUGUUAAAAAAACGUAUGCUAUAAGUUGGUAAUUUUUUUAAACACCUUUUUUGCUGUGUGAUGGAAAUUGUGCUUUCCUCUGAUGACAAGAAUUACACAAUGCUUGUAUCAUUUCAUUACAACCGCUAUAAGAAAAUGUUUCUGUACUUUGUGGAGAAGAAAAACAUAUCCAAGUAUUUCUGAAAACACGGAUCUAUAAUUAUGAUGCUUCAAUUAUUAAAAAAUAAAUAAAAAAAAUGAAAAGGCUUUUGGUUAAGCUAUAGGAAUUACUAAUUGUUUUAUGUUUGUUUAUCUGUUUUUUUUCCUGACAGAAACCUUUUGUAAACUAUUUUAAAAGCAAUAUGACGCAGAUGUAAAUCAGCAAUUAAAAAAUCUCUGCCUCAAUAAUUAAGUACCGGUAUUAGUCUGAAAAUAUGAAUGGGUUUGCUGUUUUAGCGAAUACAAAAUCCCAUAUUGGCCCAUAUGGAACUUUUUUUCUCUCCCAGCAUUCAAAUUAUGCUAAUCUUAAUAGACGAUUCUACUUUUUCUUUUUUCAUGCCUGUAGAAAAAAACAAUGUACAAUGGGAUUACCCUUCUUUUAGGGUUUGAACACUUGCAACAGUUGAAGAAAAAAGUUUCUCAUUGAAUUUUUUUCUUCUAAUUCAAUUUGAAAUUUGAUCAUGCAAUUUGAAUGUGAACUAUUGGUGAAAAAUACAUUAACUUGAAUCCGUGCUCUGCAAGUCAGUGCGCAGGGAUAAAUUUCCCAGUGCGCAUGACGUACCAGGGAUCUGCAAAAUAAUGAGUCGCUUUGGCUUUUAUUUUGCUUUUCUCUUCUUGCUAGUGAAAAGCCCGAGUGUGCUUCUGUUCCUGUGUUUCGCCAUUUACGUUUACAUGCAUUACAGGACACGAUAACGAGGUUUUGCGUCGCAAACACAGAGGAUGGCAGUGGCACCUAAGUGGAGCGGGCAGAACGUCUCCUCUCAGCAUCCAUGUCAUCUUUUCUUCUCAAAACGCGUCAAGGAUCUAUCGUCCUUGUCACCGCUGCUGUAGAUGGCGUCAGAGACUGGAGUGAUAAAAUGCGCUGUUCUCGUUCCGGAGGUCGACAGCGAAAACCGGGUCAGAUGGAGCUGUUUGCGUUACCGAGCCGCGAUAAGACCUGCGGAGCUGAUAAGAGAUCUUUAAAAGGCGGGGAUGCUCCAAAACACACAGCUUCUAAUCAACCGACCACAGCAUUCAAAACAGCCGGAAAAAGCACCCCAGACCAUGAUAGCUCCUCCUCUUCUUUAGAUUACGUUUCUGGUGGGAUCUUUUUGUCAUGCCAGUAACGUCGGAAGCCAUCAGGACAAAUAAGGUGACCUCUUUUCUCAUCAGAGGAGAGGACUUUCUUCCACUUGUGUUUGUUCAUGUGUUUGGUAUUCCUUCAUAAAGCCCAACCAGGCAAUUUUGUGGCAUUGAUGGAGAUGCGGCCUAUGAAGACGUUUUUUGUUUUUGGAGCCCUCUCUUGUAGAUGCCUUGUGAUCAUCACUGAGCAACAGUCAGCACCAGCGAUGGUCUUAAUUUGGGUCAAGGACCAUCCUGUUUCUUGGCGCACAGCCCUUUGGAUUCUUCGUUUCAGUGCCAGUAUAAUGUUUUUGGGUUUGCCACUUGACUGUUUUGUUCCGUUACCCUCAGAGUCUUUUGAAAAAUUCAAAACCACUGCAUUGCGUCCUACCUCAGCAGCUAUGGCACAUUGUGAGAGACCUUGCUAAUGCAGCUAAAUAAUCAGCGGCAGGAUUCAAUUACUCAUUAGAAAAUACUCUUAAAUGCACAUUUUGGCACUAAUUGAAGCUUUUAAAGGCUGUGAUCUUAAACUUUUGAACAGUCCGUUUCAUUUAAAUAGCUAUUUUCAACAAAUUGGCAGCUCAAAAUAUUUGUUAUCUUGCAUUUUGAAUCUCUAUUUAGAACCUUGUUAAGGUACAGCUUUUAUGAAUGCAAAGUCUUGCAUUUUAUUAACUGAUCUUAAGAUCUUGAUCAGGAAAGUUAACACAUAGCGAAAUAUUGCUUUCAAUGCAAAUACAUUAUUUAAAUAUUGAUGCCUUCUCCAUUUUUUAUUUGUAUUUAUUCAUGUAAUUCUUUUCAAUAACGUUGUAUUUUUUGUAUUUUAUCACACACAUUUCUUUAUGUUUUUAUUUAUAAAACAUUUUGUGUUCUCUGUUCUCCCCAGUUCUCAUCUGAUUGCUCUUGACAUCACCCUUUAAGGCUCUAGGUACCAAUGGGUCUCAUUGUGUCUGUUUGGUUUAACGCCAGGACAACUAGAAAACCCCCAUCCCCAUCAGCCUUUUUUCUGCUGGCUGUCCCGACCUCUUCCCGUCUCGCCCUCGCCCUCGCCGCCUCCCCAGCAUCUCCAGUAGACAGAGAAUCGCGCUGGAGCUCACACUGCUGCUCCCCUCACCUCGUGCUGUCACCAUGCAAACGGGAAGUGACACGAACGCCCACUGAGAUGAGCAGUGAUGGAGUGAGGGCUGAGGUGGGUGUGAAGAGUGGGCUUCACCUGUGGGAGUUAUUAUGGAGCCCCGGACACAGAGGAAGUCACGCAGUCAUAGGAGUUUCCGCGCUGGACUGUCCCCUCCAGGCCUCAGGUUACAGCGUGCUCGUGGGAGGAGACUCCCAGUCUUGGGGGUGGGAGCUUGUGAGCAAUCAGCUUUGGCAUUCUGGGAAAAUGCUGGAGCAUUAUCCAGGUAAAGAGAAGAGGAACCCCUCUAAGAAUGCAGACAGCUUAGGACCAGAACUUUUCUCUUCAUCAAACAGGAAGGAAUCAGAAGCGCCUUUGCUCAUUCCUGAACGCAUCCUGCUGGUCUUGGACGCUGACGCAGGAACUCUGGGAUUUGUUGUUGAUGAGAACUUCCUUGGUGUAGCUUUUAAGGAUCUCCCUCGUGGGGUGGAACUGUUUCCAGCAGUAAGCAGCGUGAGAGGAGGAGCCCGCAUACAACUACGUUAUCUGAACGGCAGCACAUGUGAACCCCCACCCCUGAUGGCAUUAUGUGGACUUUCUAUUCGCAGAGUUUUAGGAAAACAAGAGCAAACCCAUGUGGAGAAACUGCCUUUACCACCCUAUCUCCAGCAUCAUCUGUUACAUUCGUACUAAUUCUGUGCACUGUUUCACAAAAAAAGAUUGUUUCAUUAAUGUUUUACAAAAAUGUGUCUAUGUCUGUUAGGAAAUUUAUUGUAAAUAGAAAGUGAUAUUUUUGAAAGUAUUUGUUUUCUUUUAAUGUAGUUUUUGCAAACGUAAACUUCAACACAGUUGGAAUCUUUUCUCAGAAAAUGAGUAUUUCAGCUUUAAACAAUAAAGUCUAUUCUAUGUAUAUAAUACCCUCAUCCAUCCAUCCAUUUUCUAAAACUGCUUAAUCCCUUAUGGGGACACAUGGAGGCUGGAGCCAACCCAGCUACUGUUGUGCGCAGGCAGGAUACACCUUGAACAGGUUGCCAGUCUGUUGCGGAUAAAAUACACCACUGUAAUUUACAACAAAAUUUGUUAUUUUAUUUAAAGUUUUACUAAAGUUUUAAAAUUUGUAGUUAUAAAUAAAUGAAGGCAUAUCUGGCCCAAUUUAUGUGAAAUCAAAGACAACCUGUCUACUCAACAAGCUUCAAAAACAAUGUCAAGCUUAGCAAUGAGUUUUUAAAAAUUGAACCAUGUAAUCAAACAUGACUGAGAAAUAGUUAGUGCAAAUAUAUUUUACAUUAUAUAGUUAGUGUCAAUACAUGUACAGCAAAUCAACAACUAAAUGACAACAAAAUAUAUUUUUCUGUAUAUUUGGUGACUGAACAAUCAUAAAUGAGGUGCAACUUUGUUAAAGCUGUGCUACAAAUCAAACAAACAAACAAACAAAGAACUCCAUGCAAGAUCCCAGAAUUUGUCAGGAAUGUGGUUGUGGAGACCAAUCAAUUAUUUUUACUUUUAUGAAUUACCAAUAAAUAUAUGAUGUAAAUAUUGAUGACCCAACAAAUACAUAGAUAAACACAGCUGCACAAAAAGUUAAAUAUACAGGAUUAGCAUCAAUAAAAAAUACAUUCUGAGAGUAAAUAGAGGAUAAUUCACUGAAAUUAAACAGCUUCAGAUAAAAGCCUCAUUUCUGAUUGGGGCUGGCACGAUUUAACAAACAAAUAAAUAAAAUUAAAUUACAAUGAAGAAGAAAAAAAGUGACCUUAACAGCCAAAACGUUGAUCAACUAAACCCCCAAAAAGCAUCAAUUCACGCAGAUGUGUAUUUGAUUUGCUGACAAUAGGCUACAGGUCAUUAAAAAUAUAUAUUAAUAUAUAUUUUUAGAGGAUUUUUAAAUUUCCCGUUUUUUAAAAAUAAGUAAGUAAUAACUUAAAUCUUUCCAUACUUCAUAGUAUUAUGUAUGUUAAAGCAAACUGUUAAAACAAACAUUAGAAAAGCUUGGUUUAUUCACUACUAAACGUGCUUGUCUGUCGGUCUGCACGGUUCGGUUCUGGGUCCGUGCUAUGACUGAGCAAAGAGGAGGGGAAGUGUCCCACUUUUACAAAAGUCUGUCCAGCUGCUGCGGGGAUGUUUUCUCUUUAAAAAUAAGAAUCUACAGAAAUAAAUGGCAGGAUCUCUGGGAGAGCUGGGAGGAAGAGGAGUGGUUUUGGGGGCCCCUGGUUUGAAUGAAGAGGACGAAGAGGAGGAAGAGUCCUCUUUAGUUUUGCUGAGUGUUUUGGUACAGCAUGGCCAGGUUGGGCUUUGCUUCUAUGACAGCGGGGACUCCUCUUUACAUUACAUGGUAGACACUCCUGACAACUAUGAUCUCCACCUUCUGGCCAGAGUCAUUCGGGAGAUUAGUCCCCACGUUAUCAUUACAAGUGCCAAGAUGGAGCACUGCAUGACUCGAUUCCUGCAGCAUCUUGCCUCCAUUCCUCACUACAAACCAGAGGUGGUGACUUAUCCAUAUGUUGAUUUUGGUUUGGAGGUCGGUAAGCAGAGACUCCUCUCGGCUCAUCUGCCUCUACUGCCCGCCUCCAUCACAGAAAGAGACAGAAUGUCCUACCUCUCUUCCUGCAUUACUUUCGAUUCGCCUCUGAUGCUCAGGGCAGUGGGUGCUCUGCUAAAAUGUCUGGACAGGAGGAGAGUGGGAGUGGAGCUGGAAGACAGCAGUGUUGGAGUUCCGAUCCUACAAUUCCAUGCCUACACACUCAAAGGUGGAGUAUAUAUUGACAGUGACACAUACAGUGUCCUCCAAAUCUUCAAGUCAGACAUGCACCCAUCAGUGUACAAGCUGCACUCAGGUGAAAAGGAAGGACUAAGCCUUUAUGGGAUUAUGAAUCGAUGCAGAUGCAAGUUUGGUGCCAAGCUGCUAAGGCAGUGGUUCCUCAGGCCAACGCAGGACCUGGCAGUGUUGUGCAGGAGACAGGAAGUGAUCCGUUUUUUCACCUCGCCUCAGAAUUCGGAUGUCCUGAGCACACUGCAGAGCCUGCUACGCAACAUCAGAAACAUACCAAGUCUCCUGCGCCGCAUGUCUUUGGCCAACACCAAGGUGACAGACUGGCAGAGUCUUUACAAGACUGUGUACAGUGUGGUGUGUGUCAGAGACUCGGUGCGACACCUGCCUCAAUCCAUCGGGGUGUUUCGUGACAUCAGCGGAGGGUUUUCUGAUGAUCUCAGCUACAUCACUGCCCUCAUUGGCCGAAUCGUGGAUUUUGAAGCCACCGUACAGGAGAACCGCUUCACAGUCAAACCCAAUGUGGAUCCUGCGAUAGAUGAGAAGAAAAGGAGGAUGGCGGGACUGUCCGACUUCCUGACGGACGUUGCUCGAAGAGAACUUGAACAUCUGGAUCCUCGCGUUCCAUCGUGUUGUGUCAUUUACAUCCCUUUGAUUGGAUUUCUGCUCUCUUUGCCACGGCUGCCAAGCAUGGUGGAGAAGGAGGACUUUGAGAUGGAGGGUCUUGAAUUUAUGUUUCUGUCGGAGGAUCGAUUGCACUACCGCAGCCAGAGAACCAGGGAGCUCGACGAGCUUCUUGGAGACAUGCACUGUGACAUCAGAGAUAUGGAAACCGCAGUGAUGACCCAGUUGCAGAAUGCAAUCCUAGAGAGGAGUCCUUCUCUUUAUCAGGUUCUGGAUCUUAUUGCUGAGCUGGACUGCCUGAUGGCUAUGAGCAGUGCCUCCCAGGAGUACAGUUACACUUCCCCCAAGCUGGCCAGCCACAAAAAAAUAACAAUCACACAGGGCAGACAUCCACUGCUGGAGCUCUGCUCUCCUGUCUUUGUGGCAAAUUCCUUCCAGAGCUUUGAUAAAGAGGGAAGAGUUAAGAUCAUCACCGGUCCCAAUUCUUCAGGCAAAAGUAUCUACCUUAAGCAGGUGGGUCUGAUCGUUUUCAUGGCUCUGAUCGGCUCGGAUGUACCGGCGAAGGAAGCAGAAAUCGGUUUGGUGGACGGCAUCUACACGCGCAUGCAGAGCAGAGAGUCUGUGUCUGUGGGCCUCAGCACCUUCAUGAUCGACCUCAACCAGAUGGCCCAGGCUCUGAACAGCAGUACUGGCAACUCAUUAUUACUCAUUGAUGAAUUUGGAAAAGGGACGAACUCGGUGGAUGGUCUGUCUUUGCUGGCUGCUUCAGUCUGUCACUGGCUGAGGAAGGCUCCUGUGGAUGUUCCUCACAUCUUGCUGUCUACUAACUUCCACAGUCUGCUGCAGCUAGGCCUGCUGCCAGCGAGCAGAAUGGUAUCUUUUCUGACCCUGGAGACUGCCGUGGAUGGAGAUGAGUUGGUGUUUUUGUACCAGCUGAGGGAAGGAAUCUGCCAGUCGAGCUACGCAGCCAAUAUCGCAUCCCUUGCAGGGCUGCCAGCUCGCCUGGUACACAGAGCAGUGGAGGUGUCGGAACAUUACAGAACAGGAAAGCCCAUCAAACGCACCCAGGGAGCUUCGUCUGACGAAAAGGAAAAGAGGUGCAAGAUUAUGGUGGAGAAGUUCCUGAGCCUCGACCUGGACAACAAAGAUUUGGACCUAAAGAGUUUUAUGAAAGAGGAAAUCCUGCCCUCUGCUGGAGAGCCACAGAACUCCAGCUGAACUCAUCCACUGUUAUUUUGUCCAUAAAUGUUUCAGGUUAAGAGCAGAAGCACAAAGAACACAUGAUCUCUGUUGGAGUGAGAGAAACGUUUUAUGUUCUGUGUAUGUUACAAAGGUUGAGGUUACAAAACAGGAAAGGACAUUUUAUUUAACGUUUUCAAGCAUUUUGUGUUGAAAAAUGAUCAAAUAAACAGAUAUUUUUGUUUUAACGG